CUUUGAGUCGGGAGUCCAUCUCCCAUUCUCUCUCGAAGAAAUGGCUAGGUUUUUCUUGCCAAGGCCUUGAAACUGAUUCGGGAGACGGGACUCAGAGGAAUUCUCGAAAAGAAGGGAAAGUACACAUGCUGAGCGCUGUCUCGGUGAUCUCUGAGUGAGGUUUCCCCGUGUUAGCUUCUGCACGUGAUUGACUCCAGUCAGCCACCGUAGGCCCCGCAAGCGGCGGUACUCUUUCCUCCAGUACUUAGGCUGAUAGCUCUGCGCUUGCUCACCCACUUGCUGGCCUUGUGCACCCACCCACUCCUUCCAUUUCGUCUCCCCUGCAGCAGCCUCCGCGGGCCGCGACUGCGCAUGCGUACUGACGCCCUCACCGGCUCGGCGUGGGAGGAGGGGAUGGAAAUGAGGCUGGGUCCAGCAGCUCGCGCGCGCUCCCUCCCCCGCCCUCUCGUCGCAGGGCGCGCGCCGGGCGGUGCAGCUCCUAGGAGUCCGAAGGCAGCACCGCAGUGGCCGCGGCCGCCGAGGGAGGGGCCCGGAGCCCCGCCCCCGGGGAGGGGCCGUCCGCAGGUCUCCCAUCUACCUUCCACGGCUCCAACUCCAUGCCGGGAUUGAAAUUUAGUGACAAGAAAGGGGCAGUUCACCCGGCGUCAGAGAACUGAGACUAAGCCUAGAGCUGGGCCCUUCGUCUAGGUUCUUGGGCCGGCAAGAUGCUGGAGCGAGAUGUGGAGUCGGAGGCCGGGGGCACCGAUCCUAGUCCCACUGGCAAGGAACCCGUGACCAAGGGAGAAGCUCCCAACCAGGGUCCGCCGCAGAAGCCUAGCCAGUCGGUUCCAGGGCCCGCCACGUCCACGGGGGCACCUUCCAGACCCCGCCGGCGGCCCCCGCCCCAGCGCCCGCACCGCUGCCCUGACUGUGACAAGGCCUUCUCAUACCCAUCCAAGCUGGCCACGCACCGGCUGGCGCACGGCGGUGCCCGCCCGCACCCGUGCCCUGACUGUCCCAAGGCCUUCUCCUACCCCUCGAAGCUGGCGGCCCACCGCCUCACGCACAGCGGCGCCCGCCCGCACCCGUGCCCACACUGCCCAAAGGCCUUCGGCCACCGCUCCAAGCUGGCAGCCCACCUUUGGACCCAUGCUCCUGCCCGCCCCUACCCAUGCCCCGACUGUCCCAAGUCCUUCUGCUAUCCCUCCAAGCUGGCGGCCCACCGCCACACACACCAUGCCACCGAUGCCCGCCCCUAUCCUUGCCCCCACUGCCCUAAGGCUUUUUCAUUCCCCUCCAAACUGGCUGCCCAUCGCCUAUGUCACGACCCCCCCACCGCUCCAGGCAACCAGGCCACCAGCCGGCAUCGCUGCUCCAACUGCGGCCAGGCAUUUGGCCAGAGACGCCUCCUGCUCAUUCACCAACGAAGCCACCACCAGGCUGAGAGCCCUGGGGAGCGGGAGUGAGCCCUCCUCUUGGCUCACUGGCUUCCUCUGCUGGCAACCCCUGUCAAUAAAGAGGUGGCAUCUGAGCCAGGCUGUAUGGACUUGCCUCUUCCAGGUAGCCAGAAGAGAGGUCAGCCCCUCCGGCCAAACUUAGAAGGCGGAGGAAUUCCUUGUUUGGGGGAAAGGAAAGUGCACCCAUAGAGUUAGCACCCAGAUGUUAGACCUGGAGGUCUGUUUUUUUCCCACCUCUUCACACAGCAAAUGUUAAAUGUCCGCUGGCAUUGUGUGCUGGUUAGAAGCAUGAGAAACACUCUGUGGUGAGUUUAAAUUAGUGCCUCCACUUUGGCCAUUGAUUGUUUCUAUAAAAAGUUUGAAAUGCCCAUA